UGAUUAAUGAUAUUCCGUGCUUCCGAUACCUUACCCAAAUUCUGGUCUGGACCCAUUGCCGGGACUGUGGAAAUUGGAUCUUCAACGGGCAACGGCUCACAAAUUGAAGAGCGAUCACCAGGCUCCGAUGCGGGGCGGCUAAGACGGAGGAAUAGUGAGGUGACAUCCCCGAUGCGCGAAACCGUCAUCCCAAAUCCUUCCGUCCUCAUCAAGUUUUCAGAGUAUUGGAAGAAGUCCCGAUGCGGCAAUGUUCAUGUUGUGCGGUCGACGGAGGAGCAAAGGCUCUUAAUACCUAAGGAGUCGCGUGGCAAGUCCAUGAAUGGUCCGCGCGAUCGUCUUGACGGCUUACGGCAGAUGCGAUGUGCUGAAAUAUCGUCGCUUGUGCUGACCAGACCUGGGGACAACGGCGACGGGAGUGCCUGGGCAAUCAUAUGCGGGAAUGUAUUGGGCUGGUCGAACUCUCGAUACUUCCAGCUCUGGCGCGCCGCCGAUAUUGGCUGUGGACCCUGUGGAUGACAACACCAUCGACUGGUUUUGUGCUUCGACGGCCGCCAGCCCUAGCUCAUGAGCCCCGGUCGGCCGCUGCUUACCGCACGUGUGUGCUACUAGAGCAACAUUUCCCCUGCAUGACCAUGUCCAAUGCGGCAUCUCGGUGCAACCUUGGCAGCCGCAGGACAAUCUGGUCUACCCAGCCAUUGAAGUCGCGCAAGGCCCGCAAGGUGUAUAAGUAGAGCUCGUCUCGUCUCGUCUCGUUCCCUCCCUUCGCCCGUU